AUGAAUCUAUCAAUUGUUUCUUUUUUAGCAUGGGGACUUCAAGAAGCAAAACUAUUCUUUAAUUCACAGUCUAUUUUAGAAUAGAAUAAAAAUAAAUUAGACGAAUUAAUUACUCAAGUGACAGAAAAAUUGGGUAUUAUUGAAUAAGAUUGGAACUAGCAAGAAAGAACAGAUAAUAACGAAAAUAUAAGAUUAAUAUAGGAUGUUCGGGAUAUUUUAGCCCAAAGUAGUUAGUUAAGGAAUUAAUUACCUAAUUAACCGAACAUGUAAUAGAAAAGAUUCUUAUAAUUUUAGGCUUUCAGCUUACUAGAUGAGCAGAGAAUAAAUAAAUCAAGAACUUUUAUAAUCUUUGAAGAUGUUGGAAGAGUAUAAUAAUAAAAUAGACCAAUUUAUAUAGCAUACAAGGAAUAUAACCAAAACAGUUAUAAUUCUCAGACCUAAGUAGGCUUAGAAUAGUAAAUAAUUCUUAUUAUCAUAAGGUUAAAUCUAUUAAAUAUAAAUUAAAUUAAAACUUAAAGCACCUCCUUCGAUAAAGAAAAUAUUUGAUGAUCAACCUUAUUAUUUAAAGAGUGAGUAUAAAUUCAAUUUUGAGAUGGAGGAAACUGGAUCUUCUAACAAAAAUGUUAAAACAUUCAUAAGAGAUGAUUUUUCUAAACUUGGUUUAUUUCAAAGUAAACUUGGUCUCAGCAUUGAAAAUUUGUCGAAGCAAAAUCAUUGCUCUUUGCAAAUGAGAUAUAAGGUUCUUUUCCAAAAAUAAGAGUUUUAUCAAAUCCUUAGACAGAUACUCCAACACCAGAGCCUGAUUAACAAUCAGUUAUAAUAUCAUAAAAGGAUGAAUAAAAAUAUUCUGAAUAAUUUUCAUUGUUUUUAAUAGUGAACAGUAGGAAUUAGGUAAAAGUCAUUCGCGAAAAAACAUCAGUGUCUUUAAGUUCUGGAUAAGAAUUAGAGUUAGAAGAGAAGGAUCAAAUUGUGUUUUUUCAAACUUCUGAAGAUGCCCCUUUGCUUUCAUACGCAGUUUAAAAC